AUGCGCUCAGACUGGGGCAUGGAAGAGGCUGAGGGAGAGAAAUGGAAGGAGAAAGGAGGGUGCCCUCAGCCUGACCUCUCCACCCCUCUCCCUGCAGUGCCACCUGACGAUCCCGUCAUCCUGGGGGGGCCAGUGAUCAGCCUGCGGGCGGGAGACCCCCUCAACCUCACCUGCCAUGCAGACAACGCCAAGCCUGCAGCCUCCAUCAUCUGGCUACGGAAGGGAGAGGUCAUCAACGGGGCCACCUACUCCAAGACCCUGCUUCGUGAUGGCAAGCGUGAGAGCAUCGUGAGUACCCUCUUCAUCUCCCCCGGGGACGUGGAGAAUGGGCAGAGUAUCGUGUGCCGAGCCACCAACAAAGCCAUCCCCGGAGGGAAGGAGACCUCAGUCACCAUCGACAUCCAGCACCCGCCGCUUGUCAACCUAUCAGUGGAACCACAGCCAGUGCUGGAGGACAACGUCGUCACGUUCCACUGCUCUGCGAAGGCCAACCCGGCUGUCACCCAGUACAGGUGGGCCAAGCGGGGCCAGAUCAUCAAGGAGGCCUCUGGAGAAGUGUAUCGGACCACCGUGGACUACACAUACUUCUCAGAGCCUGUCUCCUGCGAAGUGACCAAUGCCUUGGGCAGCACCAACAUCAGCCGCACGGUUGAUGUCUACUUCGGGCCCAGGAUGACCAUGGAGCCCCAGUCCCUGCUUGUGGAUCUGGGCUCCGAUGCCAUCUUCAGCUGCGCCUGGACGGGCAACCCAUCCCUGACCAUCGUCUGGAUGAAACGGGGCUCUGGCGUGGUCCUCAGCAAUGAAAAGACCCUGACCCUCAAAAACGUCCGCCAGGAGGAUGCUGGGAAAUAUGUGUGCCGAGCCGUGGUGCCCCGGGUGGGAGCUGGGGAGCGAGAGGUGACCCUGACUGUCAAUGGACCCCCCAUCAUCUCCAGCACCCAGACCCAGCAUGCCCUCCAUGGGGAGAAGGGCCAGAUCAAGUGCUUCAUCCGGAGCACACCACCACCCGACCGCAUCGCCUGGUCCUGGAAGGAGAAUGUGCUGGAGUCAGGGACGUCUGGGCGCUACACGGUGGAGACAGUCAGCACUGAGGAGGGGGUCAUCUCCACCCUAACCAUCAGCAAUAUCGUGCGGGCAGACUUCCAGACCAUCUACAACUGCACCGCCUGGAACAGCUUCGGCUCUGACACAGAGAUCAUCCGGCUCAAGGAGCAAGGUUCGGAAAUGAAGUCGGGAGCCGGGCUGGAAGCAGAGUCUGUGCCGAUGGCCGUCAUCAUCGGGGUGGCCGUAGGAGCUGGUGUGGCCUUCCUCGUCCUUAUGGCAACCAUUGUGGCCUUCUGCUGUGCCCGCUCCCAGAGAAAUCUCAAAGGUGUCGUGUCAGCCAAGAAUGAUAUCCGAGUGGAGAUUGUCCACAAAGAGCCUGCCUCUGGUCGGGAGACGGAGGAACACCCCACCAUCAAGCAGCUGAUGAUGGACCGGGGUGAAUUCCAACAAGACUCAGUACUGAAGCAGCUGGAGGUCCUCAAAGAAGAAGAGAAGGAGUUUCAGAACCUGAAGGACCCCACCAAUGGCUACUACAGCGUCAACACCUUCAAAGAGCACCACUCGACCCCCACCAUCUCGCUCUCCAGCUGUCAGCCAGACCUGCGUCCUGCAGGCAAGCAGCGAGUGCCCACGGGCAUGUCCUUCACCAACAUCUACAGCACCCUGAGUGGCCAGGGCCGCCUCUACGACUACGGGCAGAGGUUCGUGCUGGGCAUGGGCAGCUCAUCCAUAGAGCUCUGCGAGCGGGAGUUCCAGAGAGGCUCCCUCAGCGACAGCAGCUCCUUCCUGGACACGCAGUGUGACAGCAGCGUCAGCAGCAGCGGCAAGCAGGAUGGCUACGUGCAGUUCGACAAGGCCAGCAAGGCCUCUGCCUCCUCUUCCCACCACUCCCAGUCCUCUUCGCAGAACUCUGACCCCAGCCGACCCCUGCAGCGGCGGAUGCAGACUCACGUCUGAGGAUCCCAAACGGGGGGGGGGGGGGUGGUUGCUGGAGAAAGGCACCUUUUGGCUCUCCAGAGACUAUGGGGACUUUGCAGAGGACCCCAGACCCGGCCGCCUCCAGGACAGCCCCCGAGUGCCUCUGCCACCACCCUCCUCCGAAGCUCUGAUCAAGCACAAACCUGGGUCCCCAGCUGCUGUGUCAAGAGGAAUGUGGGUGGGGAAGUGGUCAGAGGAUGCAACUGAGUGCACUGUGCUCAGCGCUGGACUUCCUGGUCCUCAGCCUUUUCCUGGAGGCCCCUCCACUACCUGCUCCUCCCACAGGCGCUAGAGGCAGCUAUCACUUUGCUUUAAUGAGACUGCCAUCCACUCUUCGGUCUCCCCGUGAGCUCUACCGCUUGCUGCCCUUAAGCCCUACCCCUGUGCCUGUGCUCCCAUACAUCCCUGGGGAGAAGGGGGGGAAGUGCCCCAGAGACCCCAGUGCCCCCUGCUGCUCAGAGCCCAGGCCCUGGAGGCAGAGAAGCCAGAAAUGGCCCUGGCCAAAGGAGUGUCCCUCCCCAACGCUGGCCGCUGGCCGGGACCCAGCCCCUAAUUUGUUUGGUGUUUCGUGUCCAUACUCUUGCCGUUCUGUCCUUGGACUGGAUCCCACUGAACUUUGAGGUGGGAUUGGCCCAAUCAAUGACUGGUGUACUGGGAG